AUUUGUUUCGCGAGUGCAGUUGUACGUUUGUGCAUAUUCUUGAUGUUAGUUUCUUUGCUGAUUCUAAUAACAAUGUUUAAAUGAACUCGAGAUUGUUCUCCAACUGGUUUGUAAUAAUGCUGUCAUUGUGAAAUUUCGCCAUUUUCUACCAUUACCAUUGCUAAUGAUGAUAUAGCAAACUACUAACUAUUGGUUAAAGAAUUUUGGCGCGUUACCAGACUAUGCGAUAUAACAAUUCGUAGAUUUCGUCUUAUCUAGAACAAUAGUAGGACUAUCUUCCAGUAUCUCUUUUGGCAGUUUAAACAAGUACCGACCAUUAUCCGUUAUUAAAUGAGUCAAUCGUUGGAGCGUGAAAUAACCACAUUUUUGCUAUAAAAUAAGUGCAAACGAAAUGUUUCGGUCAUAGUAUCAACAUGACGCAGUUUUAUCAAUUCACCAUACUUUUUGUGUCCAUAUGUGCCGUUUAUAAUAUUGAGGCUGUAAAACAUUACCAAAUAGAUAAGUAUAAACUGUGUGAUGGGCUAACCAACAGUGCUGUAAAAUUCAGCAACGUAAAAAUUGUUGGAAAGAAACAAGCAAUUGUGAUUUCUGGCAACAUGGAAGCGUUGCGUAACGUUCAACCCCCGCUAACGUUUAUUAUUUCAGUAAACCGUUGCAACUUAGAUCAAACUGGUUGUGCACACUUCAAUACUAUUACAUUUGAUGACUUCUGUCCAAUGUACAACGAGAAUCAGCUAGUGAAGGCUCACCUAGGUUUCAUCACACCACCAAUGGAUUGUCCUAUCCAGAUUGGGACCUACACAGCUAACGAAGGCGUAUUAGACAUGAAAGUGUUCGACGGAUUUGCAAUCGGAAAUGCCCACUGGCAGUCAGAGAUGAAGAUUAUCGACGGUGCUAAUGAAACGGCUCUUUGUAUUCAUUCCAAAGUUACAGUUAACGAAAAGAACUAGCGAAGUUCUGGACUUAUUUAGUACGCAUACAUACCCUGCACUAUGAGAGCUCCCAACGCGGCAGCUUCUCCAACUGAACAGUAUAACCGCCCAUGUCGUAAGUCACGCUUCAGCUGUUGGAAAAGCAUCACCUUUCCGUACCCCGUUAGACGGCAGGGAUCGGCCGGAUAGAACUUUACACGAAAGGAUAGUAUCAAAGGUUCCACAUCUGUAAAUGUAUCAUCAAUAGUUAGGAUUAGAAGGCUUGAAUUUAAUCUAGAUAUGUGCUUACUUUUAAGCUAAUAAAUGAUAUAAUUGGUGAAGGUAUAAAAUCUGGCAGUCAAAAAAGUGUUUUAAU